GUACCAUGGCCGCGCCGAUGGCUUUCCCGGUCCUCCCAGCCAGCGACAUUGCGCAGGUCGCAGCCACCAUCCUCCACUUGUUCGACCCCUCGACCUCUGCCCAGCCCUCCCUCGCGAAGUCUCUCCAGCAGCAGCUGCAGGACGUGCAGUCCCGCACCGAAGCAUGGGGGCUGAUCUCGGGCCUUGCGAAACAUGAAGACGCUAAUGUCCGCUUCUUCAGCGCGCACACUGCUCAGGUCAAGAUCUCGCGAGAUUGGGACUCUCUCCCCACCGAGAUGCAGCCUGCGCUUCUCGCGCUCAUCCUCGACACUCUCGCUGAGGCAGUCUCGCCUACCAACGCAACAACCCACCAGCCUGGUAACGCCAUAGUCGUGCGCAAGCUGUUCGGGUGUCUCGCUUCUCUCAUCCUUCGCCUCCCGUUCUACCGCUUUCCCGAUCCCAUAACUACCGUGCUUCAGACUCUGUCGAGCGCGCUUGCCAGAGCCACGGCGUUGCCCCCCUCAGCGCCUGUGUCAGGGUACUCGACGCCAGUGCCGGGCACAGGAUCGGCAAGUGAUGGCAUGCGCCAGCGCAUGCGGCUGUGGGCGCUGGAGUGGUGCGGGAUCUGCGUGGAGGAGAUCUCGCGUGCGGGGUUGAGCGAGCAAAAGCGAACUGCCCUUCGACGCCACAUUGACACUGACCUCCCCGCUGUGAUGGCGACCAUUACCGAGAGCAUGACCGGCGAAGCGCUCCAGUCCCCCGCCGAUCGUAUUCGCGCCGCCGAGGCCGCGUGCAAGUGCGCCGACAGCUGGAUUAACUACGGCAUCGGGGCAGACGAAAUGUCGGCUUUGCUUCCACACAUAUUCGCCCUGCUCCCACUCCCCGCUGCAUCCGGUACCAUUGCGGAAGUCCUGUCCGAGUCGAUCUUCAAAUUCGGCAAGGGGUCAAAGAUUCUCACCGAGCCGUUGCUCGCCUGGGUCAUUGGACCCAAUGGCCAAGGACUGCUUGGCUCGGCCGAGGGUGAGCCCUCUGAUGCGGUCAUCGAAUUCACAAAGAUGCUCUGCGCCCUCGUUGAGCAUUCAUCGGACUGGCUGGUGGCGCGAUUGCAACAGCCGGACGUCCAGGCGUUUUUCGCCACAAUCCUGCGGAUCACCGGCUGGGAUGGCGUGGGCGGUGUCGACGAGAACGUCUCUGAACUCACCCUUCCCAUCUACCCGCUCAUCCAAGAAGCGAUAAUGGAAUCGGACGUGUUCGCUGAACCGCACGAAACCUCUGCGUCGUGGGCUGUCGCAAAGCAGUUCUUCCGUGAGCUCGUCCUUGUCACAAGACGCAAGGUGCGCUGGCCUGGAUCGGGCGAGGAAGCAUCGUUGGGCGGUCUCGACCGCGAGGACCGCGAUGCUUUCGACACGUGGCGCCGGGACGCUGGCGAAGUCAUCGUGGGCGCCUAUUACAUUCUCCGAGAGGACAUGCUGUCGUCUUUGACGGAGACAGUAUGCGAGCAGGUUGCCACCCAGGCACCCUGGCAGGAUGUCGAGGCGACGCUCCACUGCAUUCGGUAUUCGGGUGAGGGUGUACCGCUCGGCGAGGAGACGUCGCUACCUCUCAUCUUCUCAAAACAGCUCAUUGAUGGUCUCUCCAACCGUCCACACGCAGGUCUCGGCGAGGAGCGCCUGCGCCUGACGUUUGUGUGCCUUAUCCGCGCCUACGAAGAAUGGUUCAAGUACCAUCCUGAUCACCUGUGGCCGGUCCUUUCCUACCUCGUUCCCUCACUCACGUCCUCGCGGCUGGUGUCCCCAUCGGCCGCCGACUCGCUCAAAGCGCUGUGCGACAUCUGCCGGUCAAAGCUGGUCCAGCAUAUCGGUGCAUUCUCAGAACUGCACGGCAAGAUCGGCGACCUGGGCCCCGAAGAACAGACCAAGGUUAUCGAGGGAAUUACGAGCGUCAUCCAGGCAUUGGCUCCAGCUGACGCGAUCGGCCCCGUCCAGGGCAUCAUGGGCCCGAUCGUCGACCGUAUGACUCAGGCAGUUGCGACUCGGGAGCCUGCCAGUCUCGUGCAAGCGAUGAACGCUCUCACAGCGUGCUUCAAAGGCCUCUCGCCCUCCGACGACGAGAUUUUCGACGUAGACUACGACGACCAGGCGAAACAGACGGCUAUUGCGACAGCACGCUCAGACCCGGCAAUGGUCGCGCUCCGUCAGCGCGCAGAGCAGGCGUUUACCGCCGUGGUACAGGUGUGGAACGGCGACGCCGAAGUGGCAGACGCGAUUUCGAGCCUCCUCAAGCAAGCGACCAUCUCGGCGUCUGAGACGCUCAUUUCACUCUCCCCCCUUCCCCUUCUCACGCUGGUGUGCGCGGCAUGCGAGCAGGCACCAUCCGCUCUCUGGAUGAGCCUCGCCAGCACGCUGACGCUUCGUAUCGGCACAGCUACUUCAGAGCUGCAGCUGAAGACGAACAAGACGUCGGCCGAGGACCAGCGCAAGCUCGAAGAGGACUCUGAGCGGUGGCAGGUGGUGGGAGACGCGGCGAACCGCCUCGCCGUUGUCGCGGGGCGGAUGCUCGGUCCGGAUGGGGCAAUCCGCGACAAUCCCGACGUGGUGGAGAGCUGGUUCAAGUUUUGCCACGCGCUGGCUUCCCGCUUCCCGGGCGUUCUUCUUCGUCUGCCCGAGCCCGUGAUCGAUGCCUACAUGUCGCUGGGCAUCAUGGGCCUGGCCGCCCAAGAGCGAUUCAGCCUUAAGGGUGCGGCCGAAUUCUUCGUCGCCCUCUUCGCCAACACCCGCUAUCCGUCGCCACUGGAGGAGCCCUCGGAGCGCCUGGUUAAGCUCUAUGGCCCGCGUCUUCUCCGUGCCCUUUUGCUCAGUGCGGGAGCUGAGGGCCCUCGCUCCGUCAUCCCUAACCUCGCCCAGCUCCUCGCCUCUCUCGUCACCCGUUCGCAGGGAUCCGACAUGGCCGCCUGGCUCGAUGCUAUCCUUGCAGAGCCCGGCUUCCCCGACCCGCGUGCGACGCCGGAGGCAAAGGCUCGCCUGAAGGGCGUCGUCCUGCGAACCCGGUUAGCGUCCAAGCUAAGGGAGGCGCUGCACGAGUUUGCACUUGUAGCCCGCGGCCUCGCCAACACGACAUACGGCAACGCGACAGCACAGUCGCUCGCGUAACAUAUACUGUAUGCAUUGCAUCAUCUCACC